AUAUGCAAAUAUUUAGCAUAGUUAAAUUCUUAUCAAGUGUCGGAAAAGUUAUAGUGUUUCCAUCAUUCAUUGUUGGAAACACGUAGCAAACAGAAAUAAUUGGAAUUUUAUAUUUAACAAUUGGAUUAAAAACCGCCAAAAUUGUGGAGGCACUUAAAAUGAAGACUGAGCUGCGUUCCUGCGCAGCGUGUGGGGAGCCAAUCUCAGAUAGAUUCUAUCUAGAGGUUGGUGGCUGUUCGUGGCAUGCCAACUGUCUUCGGUGUUGCAUGUGUAUGUGUCCCCUGGAUCGUCAGCAGUCAUGUUUUAUACGAGAGCGACAAGUUUAUUGUAAGGCUGAUUACAGCAAAAGCUUUGGAGCAAAAUGUUCAAAAUGCUGUCGUGGUAUUUCAGCUUCCGAUUGGGUGCGGCGAGCCCGCGAUUUAGUGUUUCAUUUAGCCUGCUUUGCGUGCGAUCAAUGUGGCAGACAACUAUCGACAGGCGAACAGUUUGCACUCAUGGAAGAUCGAGUGCUGUGUAAAGCCCACUAUUUGGAAACAGUAGAAGGUGGCACUACAUCAAGUGAUGAUGGCUGUGAUGGUGAUGGUUAUCACAAGAGCAAGACGAAACGUGUCCGUACCACAUUCACAGAGGAACAGUUGCAAGUGUUACAAGCCAACUUUCAAAUUGACAGCAAUCCGGACGGUCAGGAUUUGGAGCGGAUUGCCUCCGUUACCGGUCUGAGUAAACGUGUGACGCAAGUCUGGUUUCAAAAUUCGCGAGCACGUCAGAAAAAACAUAUACAUGCUGGUAAGAAUAAAAUGCGAGAACCUGAAGGAAACUCUUUUGCCCGCCAUAUUAACCUGCAGCUGACGUAUUCAUUUCAGAAUAACGCUCAAAAUCCCAUGCAAAUGAACGGCAAUAAAACGGGACUAUAUCCGCCACAUGAAUCUUCUAUGGAUGAAUUAUCCCAGGAUUCCAGUGUGCAUUGUAUGCAAAGUGAAGUGUGACUUAUUGAUUCCUUCAAACCCCAUUAGAGCAAUUAUUUGUUUCCUUCAGUUUGUAAAAGCAAAAACUAAAUAUUCAAAAUAUUUUAAGGAGAUGAAAACAAAAAAAAUUAACGUCCUAAACCUAGUCAAAAUUGCAAAAAUCGUCCAAUUCAUAAGAAUACUACAAAUCAAUUUAUCGCACAAAAAUCUUUAACUCAUCUUAAACAAAAAAAAAAAAAAAUGAAACAAAAAUAACCAACUCCAACAUCUUGCUCA